UGAGCUAAUUCGGCUAACAAAUAAACAAAUAUGUUUGUUAAAAUUGGAAGAUGUAUCUGUUUAAGUGCUUUGCUGUCAGUUACGUUCUGCGACGACUACAGAGUGGAUUAUUCACAUGGUCUAGGCCGGAGGUUUGACGGGAUAGGCGGACUAAGUGGUGGAGGGGCAACAUCCAAGUUGUUGGUAAACUACCCUAAGGACUACAGAGACCAAAUCCUUGAUUAUUUGUUCAAGCCAAACUUUGCAGCCUCUCUACAGAUACUGAAGGUAGAAAUUGGAGGAGAUUCUCAAAGCACAGAGGGAACAGAGGCAUCUCACAUGCACAAUGAGUGGGACGAGAAUUACCAGCGUGGGUAUGAGUGGUGGCUUAUGACCGAGGCUAAAAAAAGAAAUCCGGACAUUCUUCUGUAUGGUCUGCCGUGGGCGUUUCCGGGCUGGCUUGGCGAUGGUGGGGACAAUCCUUACACUAAUGUCACGCGAACAGCAGAGUAUGUAACACGCUGGCUGCUCGGGGCUAAGAAAUUCUACAACCUCAGCAUCGACUAUAUAGGGAUCUGGAAUGAAAGGCCAUAUGAUAUUUCUUAUAUCAAGACACUGAGAAAGAGCCUCGACACCCAUCAGCUGAGCCAUGUGAAGAUUGUGGGGGCAGACGGAGGUUGGGAGAUUGCCUCGGCUAUAGAAAAGGACAGUGAGCUGGCAGCCGCUGUAGAUUACAUAGGUGCCCACUACCCUGGUACAACAACAUCAUCCGAGGCAUUGACUACAGGGAAACAAUUGUGGUCGUCGGAGGACUACAGUACCUACAACGACAACACGGGGGCUGGCUGCUGGGCGAGGAUACUGAACCAAAACUUUGUAAAUGGCUUCAUGACAAGUACGAUAUCAUGGAACCUAAUAGCUAGCUACUACAGUGCCCUACCUUACCCUGGCUGUGGACUAAUGACCGCUGACAACCCCUGGACUGGACACUACGAUGUCUCGGCCCCGAUAUGGAUUACAGCUCAUACAACUCAAUUCACUGCCCCCGGAUGGAGCUACCUGCAACAUGGGUCAGGAGUUGGGAAGCUGACCCAUGGCGGCAGUUACGUGUCGCUGGUCAGUCCUGACCACAAAGACCUGACUGUCAUCAUAGAAACCAUGAGCCAUGACCACUCCUUGUGUAUCCGACCGGCACUUCCUGCUUACAACGUCAUAGCACAGAAUGUUACGCUGCAGCUCAGGGGUGUCCUGGCAAAGUUUCAGCAGCUGAAUGUGUGGUACAGUAAACUUGCCUUUGGGAAGAAUGAAACAUCUGUGCUGUUUAAAAAGCUCUCUCCAGUAAAGGUACAGGAUGGGAGAGUGACACUGUCCGUGGGGGUUGAUGAGCUAUACACCUUGACCUCCCUUCCCGGAGGUACUAAAGGCACAUAUCCAGCCCCACCUGCCCGAAAACCAUUCCCAAACACCUACUCUGAGGAUUUUGAAGGUUACCCUUUACACUCCGAGCCUGUGGACUUUGCUCAACAAACCGGUUCUUAUGAGAUCGUAUCAGGAGAUCAUCCCCAUGGCAACGUUCUCCGUCAAGCUGUACUACAGACUCCCACGUUCUGGUGUAAAGCCGAUGCUGUCAACAAGUCGCUUAACCUCGUCGGCAACUCUAAAUGGAGUGAUGUUUACAUGAGUGCAGAUAUUGCCAUCGGUCCCGUCAACGGUACGACAGGAGUAUUUGUGGCGGCCCGUGUGGAUCAGGGUGGAUGCCAGUCGUGGAAGGCCAAGGGCAUCUUUUUCUUCCUGUUCCCCAGUGAAAAGAAGUUUAUACUGACCAAUGAUUUAGCCAGGACCAUGCCUCUGAAGGAAGGGGAGGCCACUGGAGCUGUACAGGGCUGGAACAGUCUAGCUCUGCUACUGGAGGGAAGCAAUGCUGUAGGCAGGCUUAACAAACAGACACUAUUUAACAUUACUGUGCCUAGUACGCCAGCUCAUGGAUUCGUCGCCAUAGGAACCGACUCAUAUGGAAUUGCAGAUUUCGAUAAUGUCCAAAUUAAAGGAAGUGGUAGUCAUUAAUCUUAAGAAUUCAAUGUAAAUCAUUGACUAUCAAUUACCACACUCCUUUUCAGUGCCUCGAAGAAAAACAUUUCACCAAGUGCACUUUUUUUUUUAUAUUAUUGAGAUAAGGGUUUGAAUAUCAUGAAGCCCCUUCCACUAUCCUCCCCCUAGCUAUAUUAAAUUAUUAUGACUCGUUUGUGCACGCCUAACUCAGCACAUCAACAUCUUAAGUAGGGUCAUACUUUUGGAAAAAACAUGUUAUUUUUACUUACUUACCAGUACCUUAUUUUUGCAUCUUUGGUGUAUAUUUCAAAUAUCAAAAGGAAAAAAGGGUGUUUCACACUUGCUUUUUGAGAAACUUGAAGUUUCUAUUAGCAAAUUUUCUGAAAAAUUCAUAAAAAAUAGUUUGGGGGAAAAAUUAAGGAAAAUUUGUUUUUGUUAUUGGUUUGAUAUAUAUUUUUCUGUGGCGAUAUUCAUCCAUCACAACCCACUAAAAAUCUGCAAAACUAAAUUUGAAGAAAAACAUCAGAAAAUUGCAGUAAAACCCAUGUCAAUUUUAUAAAAUAUGUACAUAAAACAACCAAAUUUGUACCCCUUUAACGAUAAGCUUAUGAAAUAUGGGGUUGCCUCAGAAAAAAAUUAUGAUUGUUACCACUUGAAGUUGUUGCUAUAUAUUUCCUAGAGAAUUUUUCUGAUCAUGUAGUAUCACUUGCUGUAUUUUUUUGUACCUAAGGAAAGUUUAUUUUCCUAAUCUGUCUUUAUCUGUCAGGUCUCUGGGUCUGCCACUGUCUGAUGAUUUAUUAUGUUAACCCGUUCACCCCUAUGUAACUUUAAUAAACUCUACCAUGCAUUUAUCUCGAUAAGUCCAUUAUGGUCUACAGUGGUGAAA